UGGACACCAAUUUAGAAAAUUAAUGGCAUUCCUGCCUAUGUCACGUUUAUCUUUUAGUUAAGUGUACUUCAUGUUGGUGGACCCACGAGAUCCACCAGGGGCGCUGAAAGACCCUGAAAAAGAGAAGCGCUGUUCAUUCAUUGGUAUCUUGUCCCACUUCGUCUUCCGUACUCACACGCUGAUAAACUUUUUGCCCAAGGAGCAACUUGCACACUGAAAAAUGACCUGUUCUGAGAGGUGACACAGGCAGAUGUUAGUGAAUUAGGAAUGAACAUGGUGUCUCCGGGAACUAAUAGUGGUACACUGGAGAGGGCUGUGCCUGUGUUACGCCUGGAGGAUGAUGCUGACCUCAGAGAAAUAUAUACAUGUGGAAGGAAAUUGGGUCAAGGUAGCUUUGGAGUUGUUUAUGAAGCCAUCCACGUCGAGACACGGACAAAAUGGGCUAUUAAGGAAGUUUGCAAACCAGCGCCUGGAAGUUCGAAAGUGGAGAUGCUGGAGAAUGAAAUAAACAUUCUCAAACGAGUUAAUCAUGCUCACAUAAUACAUCUCAAGGAAGUCUAUGUCACGGCUAAGAUGACAUACUUGGUUACUGAGUUGUGUGUUGGAGGUGAUCUGAAGCAGCUGUUGAAGCGGAAAAAGUUCUUUACAGAGGAUGAGACGAGGCAUAUCGUCUGCAGCUUAGCUGACGCCGUUGUCUACCUUCACAAAAGAGAUAUAGUGCACCGGGAUUUGAAACUGGGAAACAUCCUUGUGAAAAAUGCUGUCAGUGAAGAUGAAAGUGGCAGGAUUAAUAUCAAGGUGACAGACUUUGGAUUAUCGGUGCAGACGGGAGGUGUAGGCAUUGAGAACAUAAUGACGGAAAGCUGUGGGACUCUUAUCUUUAUGGCCCCUGAAAUUAUGAGCGGUCGUGGUUACACACACUGGUGUGACGUUUGGAGCAUAGGAGUUGUCAUGUAUAUGUUGCUGUGUGGGGAGCCUCCAUUCAGGUCAAAGACAAAGACAGAACUAUAUAAGGAAAUUUUGAACAAAGAAGUUGAAUUUACCCAAACCAUCUGGAAAACCGUCAGUGAUGCAGCAAAAAAUCUACUGACCUGCCUUCUGAAGGUGGACCCCGCCUAUCGAAUGUCUGCUAAUCAGCUCCUAGAAAACCCCUGGAUCACAGGUGACACUAAUGUAUCUGCAUUACCGUCCAAUGUGCUGGAGAUGAUUCGUCAUCACAGAGAAAAGCAAGAGAGAACACAAACUCAGGAGGACUUUUCCCUCUCCUCUGAGGACACACUGGACCCGUCCAUAUCUUCCAGAACAGCUUCAUCUAAAACAAACAGCAACCACAAGAGCCCGGUUAAGCUCAACCCAAAGUCCAGCAGAGAAAGGAGGCUCUGCAGCCCUUCCACAUCCACCAAGCAGACUAAAGACGGUGUUGGCAGCAUCCGACAGGACAAGCACAAAAACGGCUCUAAAACCCCUGGACCACCUCAACCAACACCCACACAGUCUCAUGCUGGCGUGAAACCCUGCACACAGCAGCCUAGAACUCUGGACAAGAAGGACGUCAGUGCAGGACAGAAAUCAGCCUCUGACAGAAGGAGCUCUUCUCCCACCAUUAAAAGUAGGACUGCCCUUGUAAACCAGAGACAGAAUACAAGAGAGAAAAGCUGAAUUAGCCGUGGCAUACACUGAAUAGAACUAAUGUAAUUCUGUGAUUUAGCAUUGAUUAGAAUUAAACUACUGUGAAUGGUGCAACCUUUUCUGUGAUGAACAGAGACAAAGCAUCAAGAGAAGUGUCAAUUACUUGAGGCUAAUAUGCAGGUGUUAAAAAAAGUAGUCAGAGACCAGUGGAGCAGAGAGUCAGCUGUUCCUUGUGCCAAAGAAAAGCCCCCCCCCCCCCCCCCCCCGAGGUGAUCCCUGUGAAGUAGGGUAAAACUGCAGGACAAAUACUUCCUGUUACACAGCCAACUGUUUAAUAUUGUCUAGCAGCCAAGAUGCAAGCUCACACUUUAUCAUAGUGUUAGCAAAGACAGGCAUUACUACUUAAGCAAUUUUAUAAUUCAUUGAUAGUAAUAAUUAUUCCUAUCAAC